AUGGAUUCCACUAGUAAGAACAGUCUACACGAAGUCUUGGCCGUAGCUGCAGUUUUGAUUCCCCUGAAACUGAAAUCUGUCGAAGACGAUUGUUUAGCGUCGCUUGCUGCUGCUUUUGAACAGUGUGCACAUACGAGUAAUUAUACUCUGCUAUCAAUAGCAGCUGACGCCUUGGAGGCCUAUGGACACACUGAUAAGGAAAGGGAUGUCGUUCAUCUCUGCUUCAGCCUCCUUUCGGUUAUGCCACUUACUGAUUCCGAUUUCAAGAGCAUUCGAGGUUUUCAGAAAGUUUUAGAUAAUGCCAUGCGCUAUGCCCAUCCAUCGGUUAACAAUGACCAGUGCAGCGUUUUUGCGCAGUUGUUCAUAAAGGUCUUCAAAGCUGUAGAAAAAUUCUUGACAAGGCAGUGUGGAGUAGCGGAAGAGGUGGACGAACUUGUACAUGGACUCAACAGCUUAGCACACGCUCUUACUUUCCAUGAGAUUUACUAUAGCAGAGUUCGUUUGGAGUCAUAUCCAUCCGUUAUGAUUGAACAAACAUUAUUGGCACAAUAA